CAGGCCGGCUUGGCUUGCCAUGUGGUAAUACAAGUGUUGAAAUUUGGUAAUUAUAUCCGCCAACCCACGCCGCUAUGCCAUGAUCUCCAACUCUCGUGUGUUUCUUACGGUUAUGAUGUCAUCCCGAUGACUCCGUGUAUAAGCUGGAUGCUGUCUAGAGCUCUGCACAUUUCUGCAGUUGGGCAGUUGAUAGUUUCUGUUCUUCAUUCUUCGUAUUUCUGAUCCACCACCCCCUGCAGAACGGACCCAUGAUCUACUGUACUAGCUGCCCCCUACGUCCGUGACGCCGAUUCCUGGAUGCAGUCUGGCCCGCCCAGACCAUGUUCAGCUCACAAUGAAACGGGGCCCCAUCUACACAGAUCAUGAGCCCGCGAGCCGCCCAAGGAUGAAAGAAUGGAAGUCGGAUUCUGGGCGAGGAAAUACGCGGAGGCAAUGCGGAAAAUACUCUCCGAAUACCCCGGCGCCCCUGGUAAAAUGCACCGGCAGACCUCUCAGGCUUUGGGCAAGGCAAGAAGUGUCACAGGAAACGUCGAGGAAAGCAGGUGCUGAGACAUAGUGUGGGCACGACAGGAAAUAGAGCUGUAUUGUUAAUGGUGAUGAUGGGACUAACCCCCAAAGGCUGCAGGUACGGGAGGUCUAUGGGCAUUUGGUACAAGCGCUGCACCCAGCACCCAGCCGCUCCGCCUGGGGCACGCAACACACAGUAUACCUUGACAAAUAUAAGUUAUUGAAAUUAUUUGACUGUGUUUCUACUACAUCAGCCCAUCCACAUAACCAGGCCUCUGUACUGGUUCAGAAUCCGG